UUAUUGGUUAAGACUUUAAUAAGUGAGUGUAUUAAAAAUAGAGUGCAGACUACAAGACGCCACUACUUUGACCUUGGUUGCGUAGCGUAGGGCCUUCUGCAGAGAUCACGAUGCUGCUGCUCCUGCUGCUGCUGAAGAAUCUUCAUCCCGCACAAUUGGUAUCCGUGUUCGAAUGAUUGAAUAUUCUAGGAAAGUUAGGGAUCGACGCCUUUUCGGGAUUUGUAUUUCGAUUGAUGUCUGAAGUCAACGAGCCGGCUGCCUGGCGGGGGCAGUUCGACGGUCUGAUUGAUGAGAGCGUUGGGAGGGCGAAUGGGUAUAGUUACAGUCCCGUCGGCGGCGGCGGAGGAGGAGGAGGAGGAGGAGCUCCGGCCGGUGAUUGGCGGUUUCAGCUUCGGGAAUUCGCGAAGGGGGCGGCGGAAAUGAGUGUGGCGUUUGGGAAGGGAGUGAGGGAUGUGGUGAAGCAGAGCGUGCUGAAGGAGGAUUCGUUGAUUGUGAGGAAGUUCAAAGGCCCCUGCGCGACGAUUUCGAAGAAAUUGGUGCUUCUGAAUGAGUACUUGCCUGAGGAUCGCGAUCCAGUUCGUGCUUGGACUGUGAUCGCCUCUGUUUGGUUUUUUGCUCUUACAGCUUUAUUUGUAAAUUUUGUUCCAACUUCGACUCCAUUGGUUAAAACAAUGAAGACACAUCCCCCUAGUGCUAGUCUUAUAUUACUCCCAGAUGGGAGACACUUAGCCUUUCGAGAGCAAGGUGUUCCAGCAGACCAAGCAAGAUACUCGAUAAUGUUUUCUCAUUCGUUUCUUUCGUCAAGGCUUGCAGGUAUUCCGGGCCUGAAGGAUUCCUUAUUGCAGGAGUUUGGUAUACGGCUGGUGACAUAUGAUUUACCUGGAUUUGGGGAAAGUGAUCCCCAUCCACUUAGAGAUCUCGAAUCUUCAGCUAUGGAUAUACUACACUUGUCGUAUGCUCUGAAUAUUACGAACAAAUUCUGGGUAAUGGGAUUUUCUGAUGGAAGCAAACAUGCUUGGGCUGCUCUUCAUUACAUUCCUGACCGUAUUGAAGGCGCUAUAAUGAUUGCUCCGAUGAUUAAUCCAUAUGAACCACACCUGGACAAAGAUGAGCGACGGAGAAUCUGGGGAAACUUGACAGUCAAGAAACGACUGAUGUUAUUUUUAGCACGGAAAUUUCCUAGAUUACUUCCAUACUUCUACCGUAGAAGUUUUCUCUCAGGCAACCAUGGUUGUAUCGAAGCAUGGCUCUCCUCCUCACUUGGAAAGAAGGAUAGAGCUCUGAUCGAGGACAAAAUGUUCAAAGAUUUCUGGCAGAGGGAUGUUGAAGAAUCAGUUCGACAGGCAAAUGCAAAGCCAUUUGUGGAGGAAGCUGUAUUGCAGGUUUCAUAUUGGGGUUUCAGCUUAUCAGACCUCCAACCACACGGCAAGCGCAAGGCUAAAGGCAUUCUUGCUUGGCUCAAAUCGGCUUACAGACCUGCCCAAAAAGGAUUGACCGGAUUCAUCGGUCCAGUACACGUUUGGCAUGGAGGUGAGGAUCGCGUUGUACCUCCUUCAUCAAGUGAUUUUGUGCGCCGUGUUCUCCCCGAAGUCAUGCUACAUAAGCUCCCAUACGAGGGACAUUUCACCUACCUGUACUUCUGUGACGAAUGCCAUCGACAGAUCUUCUCAAUCGCCUUAGGGAAUCCACAGGGCCCCCUCACGCCUAAAGAGGAUGCUCAACCUCCCGAUGAAAAUGACAACAGCAAAAUAGUUACAGCAGCCGACGUGGAGAGGACAUACUCGAGCGCAGAUGAAUUCAGGUAACCGUUAAAAUUCCAGAUAUUAUUCAUUAGCCGUAAGAAGCCCCGAGGGAUCUCAUGAUAUGAAUAGGCAUUUUACAGCGUAAAAUUUUUCAGUCGUCGUCGUAUAUUUCACAUGAAAGUAUAAAACUUUUGACAGCACAGGGUGUGAGAUUGUUGAUGAAAAUAGCCAUUAGUGUACUGUUUUUGAUCCUCCAAAAUUUGCAUAGCAUGAAAAGAGUAAAUGCACUUGACUACCAAACUUCUAUUCAAUCCAUUCCAUUCCAUAUUGUUUUGUUAUGAAUCGCAUAAUAAAUCUGCUGAGUCAAGAACAGAAUGUGUUGGAAUAUGUUAUAAAUUCUUUAUUGACCAUAGAAAGCAUCACCAUGGUGAUGAAUUGUUGGAAUGUUGUAUAGAUUUAUUGAAUCCAAUUAUUAU